GUUAGUUACUCGGACGGUGAGGUUAAAGACAGAAGCUUCAGAAACCUCUGCGCGCGUUGAAGUCCAAAAACAAGAACUGUCUGAAAGCCUUUCUUCCUUUAAUUUUGUGACAAUUUCUUCGACAAUUGUUCAUUAAAUACCAUCAAAUUGGAUACUAAUACAAGCAUAAGGAGUACCAUUUGCAAAGCAAAAGCGCACAGAAUUGAAAAUUGGAAUCCCAAAUUGGAUAUUCGGGUGUAGAAGGUGUUUUGCUGUAAGUUGUGUGGUGUUAAAGAUAUUGAGGGCCCUGUGUGGCGAGUUUUGUGAGCAGCGAGACUUGGUGCACAAGACAACAAAAGUCUUAUAAAUAAUACAAAAGCCUUCCCUUUGGUAUUCUCCAGCUCUCUUGUUUUUCGAAGAGAGAGAUCAAUAAAUGCUUAGUUAUCCCAAGUUGUGGUAAUAUGUGAAAGAAGUGCAUCGCGAUUGCUUUUGCCAUCUUUUACCUUCGCCUUUUACCUAUGAUACUGUGAGACAGGGAGAGGUUUCUUGGCAGAAGAGAGAUACGCGGGGAAAAAAACUAAUUAUAGAGUUUCUUGUUAUUCCCUCGCCCUCCAUCCCUAUCCACCUUAUUCAACACACACACCUCGGCUAUAAUGAUGGUGAAUUCAAUUUUUUAAUUACCCGUCUAACAUCCACACAAAAUAAUAAAAAAGCAUUUUAUUGGUGAAGAUGGUGUGGAGUAGCUUCUAAAGAACGCGCCACUCUUGGAUUCCAUCAGCAUCAUCAACCCGUGAGAGUGUGUGCCAUCUCUUGACCGAAUCAAAGGUGAUCAGAGUGGCUCUGUCGGCCAGAGUGAACAAGUCAGGUACCCCAAAAAGGUUAAAGGGGUGCUAACUGUGCUAUAGAAAAAAAAGUGAAGAUAGUGUACCCCUGAGGAAUACGCGCGCGGUCUUUUCUCAGUACGGCACCGCGAAGGAUGGUGCCAUCGUGACACGUUUUGUGGGUGAUCUUAUUGGAUUUACCAGUGAUCUUGCACACGAGAAAAUUAUCAAGAAAGUAAAGUGAAUUUGCCACCAGAGAGACACUACAUGUGUGCAGCCAUCAAAGCAUAUCGUUAAAAGUGAAGAAAAUACAAAAAGCCACGACGAAAGUUGAGGAAUUGUGUAAUGCUGGGCAUGGCUUCGAAAAAUUUGAAUCGGUGAUGGUGCGACGAAGGAAUGGUGGAGGUUCGGCCACAGGGAUGGCAAGGAUAACCUCCAAACGUCGCCUAGUAAUGCUUCGACACGUAUGGAUCGCACUGUGCUGCCUGCUGGUGAUCUGCUGUAGCACCAAAGCGGAGCACGUGCGGGAGCUAGAAGUGUCGGAAGGAGUCCCGAUAGGGCAUCAAAUUGGCUUCAUUGGUGAAUUCCUCCAUGGUCUCGACAGUGGACCACCGUACUUGAUUGUUCCAGUACCCGGCAGUGCUGUGGAUAGUGAUCUUGCUAUCGAUCACACAACUGGUGAAAUCAGGACUAAAGUAGCCCUAGAUCGCGAAACGCGUUCUUCGUAUUCUCUCGUUGCAAUACCGCUCAGUGGUGAAAAUGUUCGCGUUGUUGUGCGUGUUCUAGAUGAGAAUGACAAUGCUCCCACCUUUCCAACACCCAUCAUGAACAUUGAAUUCCCCGAGAACACCCCUCGCGAUGUUAAGCGUACCCUCAAUCCCGCCCGCGACUUUGAUCUUGGUCGCUACAACACACAGCGCUACAACAUUGUUUCCGGAAAUGUAAAUAAUGCAUUUCGUCUAUCAUCGCAUCGUGAACGAGAUGGAGUCCUUUACUUGGAUCUUCAAAUAAAUGGUUUUCUCGAUCGAGAAACAAUCCCUGCCUAUAGUCUUGUGAUCGAGGCUCUAGAUGGCGGAACUCCGCCUCUUCGGGGUCAAAUGACAGUCAAUAUUACGAUCCAAGAUGUAAAUGAUAACCAACCUAUUUUCAAUCAGAGCCGCUACUUUGCGAGUAUUCCUGAGAAUGCUACUGUGGGUACAAGUAUCCUGCAGGUAUUUGCAACGGAUACUGAUGCUGAGGAGAAUGGUUUGGUGGAGUACGCAAUAAAUCGUCGUCAAAGUGACAAGGAGCAGAUGUUUCGUAUUGAUUCACAGACAGGGUGGAUUUCGGUUAAUAAACCGUUGGAUUUUGAAACGAAGGAACUUCAUGAGUUAGUUGUCGUAGCCAAAGAUCACGGGAUACAACCUCUUGAGACAACCGCAUUCGUUUCAAUUCGCGUAACGGACGUCAACGACAAUCAACCAACUAUCAAUGUAAUUUUCCUGAGUGACGAUGCUACGCCGAAGAUAUCAGAAUCAGCACAACCUGGUGAAUUUGUGGCUAGAAUUAGUGUAAAUGAUCCUGACUCCAAAACCGAAUAUUCAAAUGUGAAUGUGACUCUUAGUGGUGGUGAUGGUCGAUUUGGUCUAACUACCCGUGACAAUAUUAUUUACUUAGUGAUCGUUUCACUUCCGCUUGACCGCGAAAUACAACCGAACUACACAUUGAGUGUUGUUGCAACAGAUACUGGAAAUCCUCCGCUACAUGCUAGCAAAACCAUCUAUCUCCGUGUUACGGAUAUCAAUGACAAUGCUCCGGAGUUUGAAAGUGAUGUCUAUCAUGCAAAUGUAAUGGAAGUAGCCGAUCCGGGUACAUCUGUUGUUCAAGUGGUUGCUGUAGAUCGCGAUGAAGGCAACAAUUCGGCCAUAAUUUAUUCCCUGCUCGAUACUCCGGACACGCAUUCUCAGUGGUUCCAGAUUGACGCACGUAGUGGUUUAAUUACAACACGUGCCCAUAUUGAUUGUGAAACAGAACCCGUGCCUCAGCUCACAGUUGUGGCAAAAGACAAUGGACAUCCUCCAAUGUCUUCUACAGUUAGUGUUUUUGUAACUAUUCAUGAUGUUAACGACAACGAACCGAUCUUCGAUCAGAGCUUCUACAACGUAUCCGUAGCGGAAAAUGAGCCCAAGGGACGCUGCAUUUUAAAGGUAUCCGCCACGGAUCCAGAUUGCGGUGUCAACGCCAUGGUGAAUUACACAUUGGGCACCGGAUUCAGGAAGCUGAAGGAAUUUGAGGUGAAAUCCGCCACGGGAGAAGUUUGCAUUUCCGGUGACCUGGACUACGAGCUACGAACUUCUUAUGAAUUUCCCAUUAUUGCCACAGAUCGAGGCGGUCUCAGUACAACAGCAAUGGUCAAGAUCCAGCUAACAGAUGUCAAUGACAAUCGACCGACGUUCUAUCCGCGGGAAUACAAUGUAUCUCUCCGAGAACCUCUGCCCCCGGCAGCAUCAUCAAAUCCCGUGGUUGUGGUAGUUGCCACUGAUCCUGAUUCUGGGAGAUUCGGUGUUGUUACGUAUAGAAUUGUGGGUGGCAAUGAGGCGGGUAUUUUUCGUAUCGAUCGAAUUACGGGGGAGAUUUUUCUGGCACGCCCAGCAAUGCUAUCGAGUCGUGUGCAGGCCUACCACCGGCUCAACAUCUCCGCCAGCGAUGGCGGUGGCCUUAGGACUAGUCAAGAUGCCGAAGUGUUCAUUAGUGUGAUUGAUUCGGCACAGAGACCGCCAAUCUUUGAGAAACCCAGGUACAACUACUACGUCAAGGAGGAUGUCAAGAGGGGCACUGUCGUGGGAGCUGUUUUGGCUACAAGCAGUGAUUCAGGGAGUCGUGGAGCGGUGAGAUAUUCGAUCUAUUCUGGGGAUCCUGAUGGCUACUUUAGCAUAGAUCCCAUUUCUGGCAACAUUAGGAUUGCUAGUCCACUGGAUCAUGAAACAAAGGUGCAGGUUUUACUCAAUAUUCAAGCCACGAGUGGCGAUCCUCCAGCUUAUGGCCACACUCAGGUUAACAUUGAUAUUGAAGAUGUAAAUGACAAUCCGCCAGAAUUUGAAUCCAGUACUGUUAGAAUUUCUGUUCCGGAAAAUGUUGAACUUGGUACACCUCUCUACGUUGCCAAUGCUCAUGAUCGAGAUUCAGGAAAGAGUGGUGUGGUGUCGUAUCGUCUAUUGAAUAUUGUCAGCAAUAGUGAGUCAAUUUUGAGUGAAUCCUCGCAAUCUACGGCAAAUCUCUUCAGUAUUGAUGCCCGGACGGGACAUCUCACCCUGUCGCGGCACCUUGAUUACGAAACCAUCCAGAGACACUCACUCAUUGUCACGGCUACAGAUUCCGGAGAACCCCCUCUGUCUGCCAAUCUCACAGUGUUGGUCGAAGUUCAAGAUGUCAACGAUAAUCCACCCGUGUUUGAGCGCAAUGAGUACACCGUUAAAGUGUCCGAAUCAACACCCAUAAAUUCUCAGAUAUUGCAGGUCACCGCCGUUGACCUGGACACUGGGAACAACGCACGACUCACAUACCGUAUUGUUGGUGGCGGUGUCGGUGAUCAGAUUGCACAUUUAGCGAACAAAACGACUGCUCCACGAUACGCCGAGGAUGUGAGUGAGGUAUUUGGGAUCUUUCCCAACAGUGGAUGGCUCUACUUGCACCGUAUGCUUGAUCGUGAAACACGUGAUCGCUAUGAGAUAACUGUUAUGGCAACUGAUAACGGUACACCCGCGGCCACGGCAACAACACGUGUCAUUGUCAAUGUCCUGGAUGCCAAUGACAACGAUCCACGCUUUUCACGUGACAACUACGAAUUCAGCGUGGAAGAAAAUCUGCGUCGCGGUGCCAUCGUUGGCCUCUUGGCCGCCACAGAUGCUGACUUGGAUGCAAAUGCUGCCAUCAGAUAUACACUCAUACCGAGCAAUACCAGCUUCCAAGUCAAUCCCAUGACAGGUGAAAUCAUAACACGAGAACCUCUUGAUCGAGAGACACGAUCAUCGUACGAUCUUGUAGCUGAAGCCAGAGAUCAGGGCACACCGUACCGCAGCAGUAGAGUAUCCGUUCGUAUUAUAGUGACAGAUGUGAAUGAUAAUGCUCCAGAUAUUGUUGAUCCACAAGAGGAUGUUGUGAGUGUUCGUGAGGAGCAACCACCUGGAACUGAAGUAGUCCGGAUCCGUGCGGUAGAUCGUGACAACGGAUACAACGCUUCCGUCACAUAUUCCAUUCUAAAAGGCCGAGAUUCAGACGGAUUUGGGCUAUUCUCCAUUGAUCCCAUAACAGGGUUGAUUAAAACCCGCGUAUCCCUUGAUCACGAAGAACGUAGCAUCUAUCGACUAGCUGUUGCAGCAACAGACGGGGGAAAACCACCAAAACAAACAGUGCGCCUCCUGAGGGUAGAAGUGCUAGAUUUAAACGAUAAUCGCCCUACAUUUACGAGUUCCAGUCUUAUGUUCAAGGUUCGCGAAGAUGUUUCUGUUGGUCACGUUGUGGGCUCCGUUAGUGGGUCUGAUCAUUCUGACUCUGACAACCUCAUCUCUGGCAAUAGCCUCCACAUCACGUACACACUAACAUCCAUAACAUCCGAUGUCGUGGAUGGCGCCUUUGACAUGGAUCGCAAUACAGGGUCCCUCAUUGUUACGCGGAAGUUAGAUCGCGAGCAGCAGAGUGAGUAUCGUCUGGAAAUUCGAGCACUCGACACUAGUGCAUCAAAUAAUCCCCAAAGUUCAGCAGUUACGGUGCGAGUGGAUGUUAUUGAUGUUAAUGACAAUAGCCCAGUAUGGCAUACUGAUCCAAUUGCAAUUGAAGUGUCAGAAAGUACGAAUGUUGGAGCUGUGGUCUACAAUUUUUCCGCGCAUGAUGCUGAUGCUGGACUCAAUGGGGAAAUUCAUUACUAUUUCGUCAAGAAUGCCCCUGGUGAAGUUGGGGCUUUUGAACUUGAUCCCCUAACUGGUAGCCUUACCCUACUCAAACCACUUGACUAUGAGGUGCGUAGGGAGUUUCUUCUUGUAAUUCAAGCUACGGAUCAGGCAACAGUGAUCAGUGAUCGCAGAAAUACAUCUGUUACGGCUCGAAUCCUCGUAACUGACGUUAACGACAAUGCUCCUACUUUCAUCCUUCCCACAACUGAUGGAGAGAUUGUCUACCUCAGCGACACAACGACUGUUGGUCAGUUGGUUACGCACAUUGUUGCCGUUGAUGCUGACAGUGAGGAAAAUGGGCAUGUUGUGUACAGCAUUGUUAGUGGCAAUGAUGAUGGACGUUUUAGUAUUGACGCCGAAACAGGAAAUAUUGUCCUCGCUAAACCCAUCAUUGGGCAUCAAGCUACAAGCAGGCACAUGCAUUCCAGUAUUUCAGGAAGGAGUGCCGGAAAGUACAAUAUAAUUGUUAGUGCAAGUGAUCGUGGAACUCCAGUGCCAAAAGAAACUCGUCGAACACUUCAAAUUGUUAUUCAAGGAUCAACUAACAAUCCACCACGUUUCUUGGAACCAGUGUAUCAUGUGAAUGUGUCCGAGAAUAUCCCUUCUGGGAGUUUCGUCAUUCGCGUUGCUGCUAAAACAUUUCAACCUGAUAAUGGGGGAAACUUAACGUUUGAAAUUCCACCCGGAGUUGCAGAUGAUCACUUCACGGUGGAUCCCAUUCGGGGUAUUGUCACAUCGAGGGGAACAUUCGAUCGUGAAUCAAAGGAUAUGUAUACAGUACCGAUCUAUGUGAAGGAGUCCACAUUCUCAUCGGUCAAAAUGAAGACGUCCAUAAGCCAAAAAGCAGCCACCACUUGGCAAUUCGAUGUUGCCACCAUCGUGGUGAAGGUAACCGAUGUCAAUGAUCAUGCCCCAGAGUUCCGCCCUGGAUCAUGUUACCCACUGCGAGUACCCGAAAAUAGUGAUUUGGUCGUCAUCCAUACAGUCGUGGCCACCGAUAUGGACGAAGGACUCAAUGGAGAUAUCAUUUACAGCAUUACAGGUGGAAACAUUGGCAACAAAUUCAGCAUUGACAUGCACACGGGAGAAUUAACGGCCCGUCCACUGGAUCGCGAGGCCCAGUCGCGGUAUACAAUUCAAGUGACAGCCCAAGAUCGUGGUUCACCGGUCACAUACCACGGCACAUGCAAUAUAUCAAUUGCUGUUGAAGACCAAAAUGACAAUGAUCCACGAUUUGAAUUAUCGAAAUAUAUUGCAACGAUCGCCGAAGAUGUGCCAAUCGGCACAUCAGUGCUCACCGUAAGGGCCACGGAUGCAGAUUUGGGCAUCAAUUCCCGAAUUGUCUACUCGCUGGCCAACGAGACACAGUGGUUGUUCAGCAUUGACAAUCGCAGUGGACUUAUAACGACGGCUGGACUUUUCGAUCGUGAAAAGGAAAAUGUUUACAAUUUCAUGGUAGUCGCUACUGAUGGUGGAAAAUACGAUGCCCGAUCUCAAAAGGUUCCAAUUCAAAUCAUCAUUGAUGAUGUGAAUGACAAUAAGCCGAUAUUUGAAAAGUAUCCCUUUAAGGGUCAUGUUGCUGCCCUUGUGCAGCCUGGUCAGACACUCCUUCAGGUUUCAGCAACAGAUGGAGAUCAAGGGACCAAUGGUGAUAUUGUUUAUAGCUUAAUCAAUGAUUCAACAAAUGGGAAAUUUCGAAUUAAUCCCAACACGGGAUCCUUGAGUGCUACCCAGAGCUUGGCAAGUGAGAAUGGAAAGCUUCUGCAUCUGGAGGUUAUUGCUCGUGACAAGGGAAAUCCACCCCAGACUGCCAUUGGGCUGAUAGAGCUUCAAGUUGGGGAUAUCCCUCCAGGUACUCCACACCUGCGCUUCCAAAAUGAUACAUACACCGUACGAUUGCCGGAAAAUGGAGUAUCUGGGCAGUCAAUUGUGCAGCUCAAUGCAGUAAGAAGUGAUGGACGUAGACAGAGAAUAAUCUACAGUAUAGGAAGCGGGAAUGAAGAUCGAGCUUUUACAAUUGAUCCCGUGACGGAUGAAAUUAAAAUUCAAAAUGCUGACCAAUUGGACUACGAAAAGUAUCCGAAUGGGUUGAAAUUGAUUGCAGUGGCAAGGACUGAGGGGAAUCCUGUUCUCUAUGGUUACUGCGAAGUCAGGAUACUGCUUGUGGAUGAGAAUGACAACGCCCCUCGAUUUACCCAACAUCAAUAUUCAGCUGCUGUGUGGGAGGGCAACAACAAGGGCACAUUUGUAAUGCAGGUGGCAGCUUAUGAUGCAGAUCAGGGAUCUAAUUCGCGUAUCCUCUAUCACAUUGUCGAUGGAAAUCAUGAUAAUGCAUUCAUUAUUGAGCCAGCUUUCAGUGGGAUCGUCAAGACGAAUAUAGUGCUUGAUCGUGAAAUUCGGGAUAUGUACCGACUCAAGGUGAUUGCCACGGACGAAGGGGUUCCCCAAAUGACGGGUACAACGACAAUUCAGGUGCACAUUGUUGAUGUGAAUGACAACCAACCCACAUUUCCGCCUCACAGCAUCAUCAGCGUGAGCGAAGGAAUUGAAUUGGGAACAGUCUUGACGGCAAUCACGGCCAAUGAUGUGGACACAAAUCCCGCCUUGACUUACACCAUCAUCGAUGAGGCUUCCGAUCCCGAUGCCACCAGUAUAUUUGCCAUUGAUCGCUUCAGUGGCAAAGUGAUCCUGCGUCAGAAGCUGGACUAUGAGACACGACAGGAGUACCAAUUGAAGAUCACUGCGUCCGACACAUCGCACCUGGCGCAGACAACUCUCACGAUUCGUGUCACCGACCAGAAUGACAAUGCUCCCAUCUUCCAGCAGCCGGCCUAUCACACAACACUACCAGACGAAGCUAACAAUGCUGAACUUGAAAUCUUGACCGUGAAUGCGACAGAUGCUGAUAGUGAAGCCAAUGCAAAGAUCCGGUAUUCAAUUGUAAAACCCAUUCCGGGCUUUAGGAUUGGGGAAUCCUCAGGAAUUCUCUAUGCAAACACCUCCCGCAUUGCUAAACCACUAAGGGAUGAUAUUCAACUCACGAUAGCAGCAACGGAUUCAGGGAAUGUUCCCCUCAUGGCUACAACAACCGUUCGCAUUCACGUGAACACCAAUUCCCACGCAAAACCGCAGUUUAUGCAAAAUCAAUAUCGAGCAAGUGUUAAGGAGGACAUUCCAAGGGGUUCUGUUGUCAUACGCCUUUCACCCCCAGACCUUCUUGAUGCCGAUUUGCAGAGUCUGAUGAAUUUGGAAAUUGUAUCGGGAAAUGAUAAUGGGACCUUUGAGAUCACAAAUCCCGGAGCUACGAUCAUUACGGUAAAGUCACUGGAUCGCGAAGUAACUGAUCUCUAUCAUUUGCGACUAAUGAUGAGCGAAAGGGGUAUGCCAACGCGAAAAGAUGACAACACAACAGCCAUCAAUGUCUUCAUAACCGUUGAUGAUGCCAAUGACAAUGCACCGCUCUUCCAAGCUGCUCCCUAUGAAGCUACAAUAAGUGAAGCUGCAUCCUUGAGGCAUUCAAUUGCCAAAAUUCAAGCUCUCGACGCAGAUUUGGAAAGUUCCCCGAAUUCCGAGGUGGUGUACGACAUAACAAGUGGCAAUGAUUCGGGCAUGUUCACCAUUGAUUUGGUAUCUGGAGUAUUAUUCGUCAACAAUGAACUUGACUAUGAUUCAGGAGAGUCAGAGUACAACCUAGUCAUAAGGGCAUGUGACAGUGCUACGAUGCCUCGAUGUAGCCUCCAACCGUUCCACAUUCAAUUAACCGAUGAGAAUGACAACGAACCCAAAUUCCCCGUGUCUGAAUACCUUGAAAUAGUUGGGGAGAAUGAACCUGUGGGGGUGUCUGUCUUCACAGCUAGAGCCACAGAUAUUGAUAAAGGUGUUUUCGGGCAGCUAAACUACACAAUUGUAUCGGCAGCAGCUAGUGGGUACUCAGACAUUGAUGAAUCAUGGAAGUUGUUUAAGGUGGACGCCGAAACGGGGGUUGUUAACACAAAUGCUGUGUUUGACUAUGAGCAGAAGAAUCGGUAUACAUUUACAAUCCGAGCAACGGAUAUUGGGGGAAAGGCAGCAAGUGCUCGUGUGAGAAUUAUGAUUGAAAGUCGCGAUGAGUUCAGUCCACAAUUCACAGAGCGAACGUAUCGUUUUGUCUUGGCUACACCAUCAUCGGGGCACCUCCCGGUUGGCUACAUUGUGGGGCAUGUUACAGCAACUGAUCGCGAUAAGGGUCCCGAUGGGAGGGUUGUCUAUCAACUCUCAACGCAACAUCCGUACUUUAAGAUGAAUCGUACAACUGGAGCUGUGAUGGUGAAGAAGAAACUCGACAAUGCAGCCGCUGCUCUUGAAGCAGGUCGCGACAUUAGCCUGGUGGUGACAGCAAGUUCAGGCCGACAGGGUUCACUGACGAAUAUGACAGUUGUGGAAAUAGCUCUGGAUCCCUUGGCUGAUCCUGGUCUCAAUAUUGCAUCAGCAACUGGAAGUUCAGGCGGAUCUUCAGGUGGUAGUGGGUUAGCGGACUGGGCGCUGGGAUUGCUAAUAUCACUUAUCCUCGUGAUUCUAUCAUUUGCCGCGGUCUUUGUCUUCCUCCACAUGCGCAAUCGUCGACACAAGCAAGUCACAAAGCCGAGCUUGAGUGCAGAAACUGUUGGCAAUAGCAAUUCGUACGUUGACCCUUCGGCUUUUGACACAAUUCCAAUACGUGGGAAUACAAGUGGUGUCAGCAGUACGGGACAGUUUGCACCGCCAAAAUAUGAUGAGAUUCCUCCGUAUGGACCGCAUACGGGUAGUUCAAAUUCCGGAGCACCUACUACAUCCGAACUGUCGGGAUCUGAGCAAUCGGGAUCAAGUGGUCGUGGAAGUGCUGAAGAUGGAGAUGAUGGGGAAGAUGAGGAAAUCCGAAUGAUAAAUGAGGGACCACUGCAGAGAGAUACGGGAUUGCACAGGGGGAAUGAUGUGGAUGGGAGAUUAUCUGGGAUUUCGGUGCAGAAUACCCAGGAAUACCUAGCACGGUUGGGUAUUGUGGAUAACCCUGCUGGAAAUGGAGCUGGAUCCACAUCAUCCAGGCAUUGCUCGGAAAGUAUAGGCCCUGGUAGUGCAAAGGAUGCCAUUUUGCAUCACACCCUACCCAUAGAUAGUCUCCACAAUAUGUUCGAUGAGGAACCCGGCGGGGAGUCGGAUAUAACAAAUUUAAUUUAUGCUAAACUAAAUGACGUUGGUGGUGGAAGUGAUAGAGCAAGUAGUGCUGAUGAAGCUGCAACAACAGCCGGGAGUAUUGGGGCUGCUGUUGAUCAUGUGAUGGUAAUGGGAGGUUUUGGAGAUGGUCCAGUUGUUGGGGGAGGGAAUACGGGGCCAAGUAUGAAUGGAUCCCUGAGUUCAAUUGUACAUAGUGAGGAGGAACUCACGGGCAGCUACAAUUGGGACUAUCUCCUCGAUUGGGGACCGCAGUACCAGCCACUAGCGCAUGUUUUCAGUGAAAUUGCCCGGCUGAAGGAUGACACACUGUCGGUACAUAGUGGGAAUAGUGGAGCUUCCAGUGCCAAAAGUAAAGGUUCCCUACAGCAUGCGGCUAAGCACAUCCCACCACCGUUGCUGACGAAUGUUGCACCGAGAACCAUAAAUGCCAUGCCGGUGCUGCCGAAUCGAGGUCCGGGGCAUCAUUCUGUUCUCACGGCGCACCAAUACCUCCUACCGAGAUCCCCAAUUAGUCAUGAUGCACCAGGUGGGGGAUUUAGUACAUCAUCAGCCAUGUCACCGAGCUUUUCACCAUCCCUCAGUCCACUGGCCACGAGGUCACCCUCUAUUUCGCCACACGUCAACUCGGGGCUUUCCACAUCGCACCACAUGGUGUCCCUGCCGCGGCAUCAACCACAGCCAAUACAGAGGAAGACACUCGAUCCGGAAAUGAGGGUACGGAUCUGAUUUAUCCGGAGAGUGUCCUACACCCCCAAAAAGGCUGUGUUCUACAAACAAAUUGUGUACCUACAAUUUGUCCUGAGUUGUCGCAUGAAGAAAACUUCCGCCCCCCAUUAAUUAGUUUUAAUUAAAUGGCAUCUUGUGUUUCAGCAAGGUGCCAAAAAUGUGUAAGAAAGAUGUAGGUAGAGAUUUGUAAGGUAAAACCUUCUAAUAAUGUGGACUGUGGCAGGGCAAAAUAGGAAUUAUUAAAUAGGAACAAAUUGCAUUAGGGGUAACUGCAAAGAAACAUCCCUAAAAUUAAUAAUGUAUACUACCUAUAUAUUUAUUAGAAUAACAUCCUAUAAUGAUGCACCUGCAGCAGCCCACUUACCCUAGAUAAAACAAAGUACUAAAAAAUUUUGUCAUAAAGUCUUUUAUAUAAAAUUAGUUUUGUAAAUAACAAUGUGCCUUUAAUAUGUAGAUGAUAAAUAUAAGUUAAUUUAGCCCAACAAAAUAGGAUUCAAUCAAUUUUUUUUUCUUUUUGUGUAUUUCAUGUACAUAAUACAGUUAAGUCUCUCUGAGAAAGUAAAAGGAGAUGAGAAAUCUUCACGUUUUUUCCGGUAAAACCUGUGAGUAUUAAAUGUUUAAGAAGAAAAUGAAGAAAAUUCUUGUAAAAAGGAAAUCUUUUAUGAAGUUAUAGAACUGAAAUAAGACUGUGUAAAGCGUAUUUAAAACGCCAUAAUAAUUGGUCUCCGUGUGUAAAUGUUAUCUCUCUCAAGACAACUAAAUGCAUGUUGUUAAUACAACCAA